AUGGAAGCUCCCUUGCACUCUGCAUCUGCGGAGGGCAGCGUGUCCCCCCUUGAAGCAGCUGCUUGCGUAGACGAGCAGGAAGCGAGGCCCGCCAGGUGCUACGCCUCGAGGGAGUACUGGCGGAGGAGAUUCGAGAAGCCAGAGGGUUUUUUCGAGUGGUACGCAGGAUGGAAUGAGCUGCGAUCCGUCCUUCUUGAGAGAGUGCUGCCGCUGGCUAGCCAGCAGCAGCGGUGCGUGCGAGACAGCCGCGAGACAUGCGUAGGCGAGUCGCCUGUCCCAGUCCAACGCACUGCCGCAGCGCACUUUUGCCGUCCUCAGCCCUGUCGUCAGAGGGAGAGCGACUGCGGCGCUGAUCCCGUUUCACACGGAUGCGGGGUUCAGGAGCCGUCCAGGAGGUCAGAGGGCUCUUCCGCUGCGGCAACCCCCUGCCCAGAGACAGGCCCGAACCGCAGGCAGACAGAGGUCUCCAUGACUAUCGUGCCCGCCACAGAGCCGCGUGGCGGCGCUCAUGCCCCACAGCGGAAGGGACACGAUUUUUUAUACUGGACGAAAGAGGCGCGCUGCGCCGGUCGAGCGCCGGAUUCUGUGCAGCAGCGACGCCCCGCAGGGACAGGCGAGAACGUGGAUUCGUCAGGCGCUGCGCCGCCGCCGCUGCUGGGGACUACAGGAACCGUCUGGCGGCCGGCCUUGACUGUGAUGCUCGGAUGUGGGACCUCGCGUCUCGGGCUGGACUUAGAAGCGCGCGGCGGCUUCCCAUUCGUUCUCAACAUUGACUUUUGCAGACGGCCUCUCGAACAGCUCCGUCGUUGUGCGGCAUCCGCCUCGGUGGAGCCGCAAAACAGUUGCAUGCGCCUGCACGGACGUCAACCUUCCAGCGUGCGUGCAUUUUCUGGCGGGUUCUGUCUUCAAUCGUCGUCUCGCGAGCGGAUUCGUGCGGAAGGCAGCUCCUCGCGGUCAGCUGACGACUUGUCUCGCGAGCCCGUCGAGGUCACUGGAGGAGCUGCCGCGACAAACGAGACAUCGCUUUCACUCUCGUAUGGCUGCACCUUCGAAGGCGAAAGCCAGGCGAGAAGCCGGAAGGGCGGCGGUCAGCUGUGGUUAGAGGCAGACGCCCGUGCUUUGCCCCUCCGAACCGGCAGCGUAGACCUCGUCAUUGACAAAGGGCUUCUAGACGCCGUUUCGAGCCGAGCUCGAGCGGAGCGUCUCGACACUCCUGCCGCUCGGCGUCGCGUGCUACAAGUCCUUCAAGAAACUGGCCGUAUCCUCGGCCCCACAGGGUGCCUUCUUCUCGUUACACAUUCGUCUGCUACAACUCAGGCGCCGGACGCGGCGUCGCGAGCUCGCUGGGCCUCCAGCUCUCUGUCUUGUGCGCUCUGCACUCUGUACGGACUAUCGCAGGCCGCUCCAGAGGACGCUUGCGAAGCGGCGGAAACGGGAGGCGAGGGAGGCGCGCGUAGCUUUCGCUCAACAGGCAUGGACGCGAAGGGGGGUCAGGGGCUGGGAGGCCCGAUGGGCGGUCGCGUCGAGUGUGGGAAUAAAGCCCCGGACACUGCUGUUGAAGCCGGCAGCGGAGUGCAGACGGGAACGGAGGCCGCUAGCGUCGCCACUGCCCAGUGUCGCUGUGGGCACUACUGGGAAAUCCUUCGCGAAGACCGCGUGGCGCUCAGUCCGACCGUCGCGGCGGCAAACAUCCUGAACGUCGCUCGUGCAAAUCAGCUCGAGAAAGAGACGAGAUCAUUUCGAGUCGGCAACAGCAGGAAAGGACCUGCGGCGGAAAGAGCACCCAGCGACACGACGGCCGGUCCCAAGGACCGGGAGGAAGCUGGACACGAUGGCGACGAGCCGGGGCAAGGACCGGAAACGGCAAUCCGUGUACGUCUGACGUGA